CAGCCCACCGUGAAACUCACUCACCACCAGAGAGCCCCAGAGGCAGCAGGCAUCACAGUCGCAUCACGCACAAACGCCAACCAGCAGCCAUGGCACAGACGACGAAGCUCGCCGUCGCCGCCGCCGUCCUGGCGGCGCUCGUCCUCUCGGCGGGCGCGCAGAACUGCGGGUGCGCGUCGGACCAGUGCUGCAGCAAGUACGGGUACUGCGGGACGGGCGAGGACUACUGCGGCGCCGACACGUGCCAGUCGGGCCCCUGCGACGUGCCGGCGACCAACAACGUGUCCGUGGCCAGCAUCGUGACGCCGGCCUUCUUCGACGCGCUCCUCGCGCAGGCCGCCGCCUCCUGCGAGGCCAACGGCUUCUACACCCGCGACGCCUUCCUCGCCGCCGCCGGCUACUACCCGUCCUUCGGCCGCACCGGCACCGUCGACGACUCCAAGCGCGAGAUCGCCGCCUUCUUCGGCAACGCCAACCACGAGACCAUAAAGUUCUGCUACAUCAACGAGAUCGACGGGCCGAGCAAGAACUACUGCGACGCGAACAACACGGAGUGGCCGUGCCAGGCGGGGAAAGGGUACUACGGGCGAGGCCCGCUGCAGAUCUCGUGGAACUACAACUACGGGCCGGCGGGGCAGAGCAUCGGCUUCGACGGGCUGGGCGACCCCGACGCGGUGGCGCGCAGCGCCGUCGUCGCGUUCCGGGCGGCGCUCUGGUACUGGAUGAACAGCGUGCACGGGGUCUUCGUCUCCGGGCAGGGCUUCGGCGCCACCAUCCGGGCCAUCAACGGCGCGCUCGAGUGCGACGGCAAGAACCCGGACUCCGUCAACGACCGCGUCGCCUACUACAAGCAGUUCUGCCAGGAUUUCGGCGUCGACCCAGGAAGCAACCUCACAUGCUGAUGACUGACGUCGUGUACUAGUUGUGUGGAUGUGGUCAUGUGGAUGUGAUUCGGUUUGGUAGUGUGAAUUGUGUGUAAAUUGUGUGUUGGGGAUCGGAGCGGCGAGACAUCAACAAGCUAGUAGGUUAGGGAUGUGAUGUUGUGAUUCAGAGACUUAUAUAUACGGAAAUAAAAAUUACUGAUCUGCUUGAGCUUA